AUGAAGAGUUUGAUUCUCUUUAGCAUAAUUGUUGCUUGUGGUUUGGUUGAAAAUGUUGUUUCAUCAAACAAUCAAUUUCCCUAUAGAACCAUUAUAAAUUUUGGUGACUCUUUAAGUGAUACAGGAAAUUCUGCAACUAAGCAACCAUUUAGUGCUAAUAGUCCAUACGGUUCAACAUAUUUUAAACAUCCUGCAGGACGUAUGUCAAAUGGAAGAUUGAUAAUAGAUUUUAUAGUCAAAGCAUAUGGGUUACCGUUCUUGCCAGCUUAUCUAAAUUUAACGAAAGGACAACACGUUAAGCAAGGAGUAAAUUUUGCAUUUUCUGGUGCAACUGCACUUGAUAAAAGCUUUUUUGAUAAAAGAGGACUCGAUGUACCAGCAGCUGCUUAUGCAUUAAAUACUCAACUUGAUUGGUUUUAUAAGAUCAAACCCUCGCUUUGUACAGGCAAAGAAGACUGUGCUAAUUUCUUUAAGAACUCAUUGGUUCUAGUUGGUGAGAUUGGUGGGAAUGACAUUAAUGCAAUUAUCCCACAUAAAAAUCUUACAGAAAUUCGAGAGUUUGUUCCACAUAUUAUUCAAGCGAUUACAAAUAUGACUUCUACACUAAUUGCAGAAGGAGCUGUUGAACUAGUGGUUCCAGGCAACUUUCCAAUUGGGUGUAAUACUUAUGUUUUGAAUGAGGUGAAUAGUGAUAAAAAGGAAGAUUAUGACGAAUUUGGGUGUUUGAGAAAUUACAAUGCUGCCAUCAAGUACUAUAAUGACCAACUCAAAACGGCUAUAGACGAAUUGAGACACAAGAACCCUCAUGUUAACAUAACAUAUUUUAAUUAUUAUAGUGCAGCUAGACGUUUAUAUGAAAAACCAGAACAAUAUGGCUUUAAGGGUAAACCUGACACCUUCAAAGCAUGUUGUGGAAAGGGUGGAAGAUACAAUCUUAAUGAAGUUUGUGGAUUUGGUGAUUCGGUAGUUUGUGAAGCACCUGUAAAACAUAUAAAUUGGGAUGGAUUUCAUUUCACUGAAGCAGGUUAUAGAUCUGUAGCACAAGGACUUCUUGAGGGUCCUUAUGCUACUCCUCCUCUUAAAACUCCUCCAUUCAAGAUACCAAAGGAAUGAAGAUAGCACAAAGGAAACACUAAUGAAGAUUUGAU